CCCAACACAUUCCUCACUUCUAACCCUUCUUCUCUUCCUCUAGUGGCAACAUAUAUAAUAUAUAGUCCUAGCUAAAGCAUAGUUUUUGCAUUUAAGUUACACAAAGUAGCAUUUGUGUUAGAGAUGGGUAACGCAGAUUAUGCAUACCCGAACGUGGAGUGCGUGCACCGAGUGGCCAUUCCUCCCCCUCAACACUUCUUUAAGUCCCUAAAGUACUCUUUGAAAGAGACUUUUUUCCCAGAUGAUCCCUUUAGGAAGUUCAAGAACCAAACAACCUCUAAGAGGUUUGUGCUUGGUCUUCAGUACUUCUUCCCCAUCUUCGAGUGGGCACCCAAAUACACCCUUAGCUUCUUCAAAUCAGACUUCAUAGCUGGCAUCACCAUUGCUAGUUUGGCCAUUCCUCAAGGCAUCAGCUACGCCAAGCUAGCCAACCUCCCUCCAAUUCUUGGACUUUAUUCGAGCUUUAUACCGCCGUUGAUUUAUGCGAUGAUGGGAAGCUCAAGGGAUUUGGCAGUGGGAACUGUGGCCGUUGGAUCGCUUCUGAUGAGUUCGAUGUUGGGUCGAGUGGUCAAUUUCAACGACAACCCAACCCUUUUUCUCCACCUCGCUUUCACUGCUACAUUCUUUGCUGGAGUUUUUCAGGCAUCACUCGGUCUCUUCAGGUUAGGGUUUAUCGUGGAUUUUCUGUCACAUGCAACGAUAGUAGGGUUCAUGGGGGGAGCAGCAACAGUGGUGUGCCUGCAACAACUAAAAUCAAUUCUAGGCCUUGACCAUUUUACCCACCACGCAGAUCUCGUCUCAGUUAUGCACUCUGUUUUCACCCAAACUCAUCAGUGGAGGUGGGAAAGCGCUGUGUUGGGUUGUUGCUUUAUUUUCUUCCUCCUCGUCACAAGAUACUUCAGCAAACGACAGCCAAAGUUCUUCUGGGUGUCAGCAAUGGCACCACUGAUGUCUGUAAUACUGGGAAGUCUGCUAGUUUAUCUCACACACGCAGAGAAGCAUGGCGUUCAAGUGAUUGGAAAUUUGAAGAAGGGGCUAAAUCCACCUUCCAUGAUGGAUUUGGUGUUUGUGUCGCCUUAUAUGGGCACCGCCAUGAAAACUGGAGUUAUCACUGGCAUUAUAGCACUUGCGGAAGGAAUAGCAGUGGGAAGAAGCUUUGCAAUGUUUAAGAAUUAUCACAUUGAUGGCAACAAAGAGAUGAUAGCUAUUGGAACCAUGAAUAUUUUCGGUUCCUUCACCUCGUGCUAUCUCACCACAGGACCAUUUUCGCGUUCAGCAGUGAACUACAAUGCAGGGUGCAAGACUGCUGCAUCAAACAUUGUGAUGUCAAUUGCAGUGAUGUUGACAUUGUUAUUCUUAACACCCUUGUUCCAUUUCACUCCCCUGGUGGUGCUAUCUGCCAUAAUUGUAUCAGCAAUGCUAGGGCUCAUAGAUUAUCAAGCAGCCAUUCAUUUGUGGAAAAUCGACAAAUUUGACUUCUUUGUGUGCUUCAGUGCUUAUGUUGGUGUAGUCUUUGGCAGUGUUGAAAUUGGCCUAGUCAUAGCAGUUGCUGUAUCUCUACUUCGAGUACUAUUAUUUAUUGCAAGGCCAAGGACAUUUCUACUAGGCAACAUUCCAAAUUCUGCAACAUACAGAAAUGUAGAACAAUAUCCAAAUGCAAACCAUGUUCCUGGAAUCCUAAUUCUUGAAAUAGAUGCACCCAUUUACUUUCCCAAUGCAAGCUAUUUAAGAGAAAGGAUCACAAGGUGGAUUGAUGAAGAGGAAGACAGAAUUAAAGCUACAGCGCAAACCAGUUUGCAGUAUGUUAUAAUGGAUAUGACCGCUGUUGCCAACAUUGAUACAAGCGGAAUUAGCAUGCUUGAAGAGUGCAACAAGACUGUUGACAGAAGAGGAUUACAGCUUGUUUUGGUGAAUCCCGGAAGCGAGGUGAUGAAGAAGUUGAACAAAUCCAAGUUCAUUGAUGAAUUGGGGCAUAAAUGGAUCUAUCUGACAGUUGAAGAGGCUGUUGGAGCAUGCAACUUCAUGCUCCAAACGUACAAACCAAACCCCAUGAAAGAUGAAUCAGAAGGUUGGAACAAUGCCUGAGUCCGAGUAAUGUAAUGAAGCAUUGUUUACAUGUCGUAAAGCUUACGAGUUUUUAUCUUAGUUAACCUUAUAGUAUGUGGCGUGAGUGUUUGAGAAUCAUGCUGCAGAAGAUUUAGAGUGAUAGGUGCAUGUGCAUCAUGAGUAUUUUAAUUUCUCAAGGUGUUGAGUUGGAAGAAAGUUUCCAACAUAGGCUGUUGUAUCUUUAUAUAUCAAGCUUAAUAAUCUAUUGAAAUGAGGAGUGGCUGCAA